GAUACCAAUCUCUAAUUCUGUGUACCAGGUGUCUGUUUCCUAUGCGCUUGCGCACUAACCUCUAUUUUACCAAAAACAACAAGAAAGUAUGACAGCCGUUUCUUGAUGGUGAUUCCAGAAGAAAGGACUAUUCUAGAUAUUUAGAUACAAUGUCAUCCGCACCAUUUAUCAUAGAGCUAGUGGUUGCAGCUUUUAUAACAAUUUGUCUUCUUCAUCGAUAUGGAAAUUGGAGAAAGCAGCAUCUUAUUGUCACAAUAGCAGUCUUCAUUGCUUGGUAUUUCUCGUUCCUCAUCAUUUUUGUUCUCCCACUCGAUGUUUCUGCUACCUGUUAUAGGGAAUGUCAAAAACUACACCAUAGAAAGAAUGCUACAUCGCUAUUAUCCAAUGAAACAAAGAAAGAAAAUAAUUUUUGUGAGGUGCCCUGGAGCUAUAUGCCAUCAUAUGUUUUACCAGAUCUGUGGAGGGUUGUGUACUGGUCUUCCCAACUUCUUUCAUGGAUCAUUUUGCCAAUGAUGCAAUCCUAUGAAUAUGCUGGAGAAUUUUCUGUAGCUGGUAAAAUAAAAACUGCUUUAUAUGAAAAUGCAAUUUGGUAUGGCAGCUACCUCCUAAUAUUUGGAAUAAUUCUUGUAUAUGUUGCUGUACAUCCCAGUAUGCAGCUGAAUGGUGAGCAGUUGCGAAUAAUUGGAAUAACUGCAUCAAACACUUGGGGCCUGCUUCUUCUCAUUCUUCUAAUGGGAUAUGGCCUAAUCGAGUUGCCACGAACCGCUUGGAACAUGUCAGUGCCUGGGUUUCUACUUUCUCAGACAUUGUUUAAAAUUUCAAAAUUAAGCACAGAGAAAGAAGAUGUUGAAGAAGAAUUGACAGAAACCUUACAGACUGUGGUAAAAGCUUCCGAAGACAUUCGAUACAACAGUAGCCUUCGCAAGUAUAUUGAUACGAUCAUUAAAAAGUGUCCAGAUGCAAGUGAAGAUUUAUUUAGAACUGCGAAAGAUGACUACGUUGAUUAUAAUGACGUCAAUGGGAAAUCAGUUCAAAUGCACAGCGAAAAAUCGUUGGUCAGCCUACACAAAAAAGUCAUCGUGAUAACCCAACGAGCUCAUCGUACCAACGUUCAGUGGAACAUGCUGUUGCAGAAGGCAAUACGGCUGGAUGACUUGGAGAAAAAUAGAGAAAGCCCAGACAGAAUAUUCAAAGCAUCGUCUUUAACUAAUCAGCAGAGUCCAAGCACCCUAUCAGCAAAAAUUGAAUGGUUUUGGAAGCUGUGGCUCACACCUGCUUUGUUGAAGGGCGUGGCCCUGGUGCUGAUGCUUUUUACUGUCAUGCUUGUUUGGUCAGAAAUGACAUUUUUCAGCACUUCACCAACCUUGUCCUUGUUUGCGGUCCUCAUCAGAGUGGCGAAAACUGAAUACCUUUACUUUCAAGUCGAGGUGAUAUCAUUCUUCACUGUAAUGUACAUGUGCACCUGUACAUACUAUACAGUUUUCAAAAUGAGAAUCUUCAAUUACUACUAUUUUGCACCAAACCAUCAGACUGACGCCAAUAGCCUACUCUUCAGCGGACUACUGUUGUGCAGACUGACCUAUGCGUUGUCCUUGAACUUCUUGGCAAUGAUUCAUCUUGAUGGCCAUGUUGCUGAUACGGUCGAGCAGGCUUCAUUUACCGUUUUUAUGGGACACAUGGAUGUUAUUUCAUUUAUAUCAAAAGGCUUGAACGUCUACUACCCAAUGCUUAUUCUUCUAAUCUGCCUGUGUACAUACUUCAAAGUUGGAAGUCGCAUAUUACACUGCUUUGGAGUUCAGCAGUUUCUUGUCGAUGAAGAAUUAUCAACUGAAUAUGUGAAUGAAGGAAGGGACAUUCUAAAGGCAGAGAAGCGAAGACUCCAGAGGUUGAUAGGUGGAGGAAAAGGUUGGGUUCAACGUGGAAUGCAAAUACGGCAGAAAAUAAAUCAAAGCAGCCAAAGGAUUGAUGAUGCAAAUGGCAGCGAGGAUGAAAAUUUGGAGAAAAUCGAUUCACGGACGCAUCUUAAUGUUUCGCAUAGGCCUCAUUACACUGAGAAAGAUAAUUGUGACCGCGUGACACUUCUUGAUUCAAUGGAGCGUCAAACCCCUUCGUUAUCAGCACCAAGGACAACUGCUUACUCGAAGCAAGGGUCUCGUUCAGGUCCACCUCGAAAUCUCUUUGAUGACUUAUAAGACUUAUAAAUAGGUUUGCAUCAAUUUUGCUAUUUGAAAAUUGCAACGUUGAUCGACUCAAAACACUGUCUCGUUAGUGCAAGAAUAAUCGAAAUUGCCCUAAAUUUUCUAUGAUAUUUUUGCUCUGAAGAACAUUUCAAAACAGAUUGAAGCUAAAAUCAAAUGUUUCCUUUUGUCAAUUUGCUGCUAGCACGACAUGUUUAAACAUCGAUCAAGUUGAAAAAAGAUUAUCAUUAUAAUUAGGGGUGACCGUUACAGUUGAAAUAUUAGCCUCCCAAAUAGUGUCGACAUAAUGUUUUCUAACGUGUGUAGUAUUUUCAAAGUUAAGUUAAUUUUCUCGUUUAAUUCUGAUGUUUGAAUUUCUUUUAUCACAGAGCAUGACCUAUAUGAAGCCUCUCGUUCCUUGUAGGUUAAAAUUGAUUUCAUCAGAUUUAUAGUUUGGGUAGUGUAUUUUGACUGUACUGGACGAAUCAUUAUUUAGACUGCUCGAAAGCAGAAGUACUUGAUGAUUAAAUUUCAAUCUUUUCAUUGAGAGAAGUUAUUAACUGCUUUCAGCUCGAAUAUUCAAUUUUUUUUAGAAUGAAUUACAGUAUUUAUGUCUUGAGUAUAGAUCCCGAUGUGUGAUUUCUGUAGAGUCCCUGGUCCGUAAGUUUUUUUGCUAAUCUCCGACCGUCUAACUGCGGUGAAAUGACCAUUGCUUGUUGUGCAUGCUUAUUAUGCAUCAACAGUGCAUGGAAUUAAGGCGUUGCGCUGAUAGGCAAGGUACAAAACUUUUAUUCAUAUCAUCAUCACAGAAUGGUGUAUAAACUUUCCGUUACCCAUGAAACAAAAUCUCACCAAGUAGACCCCAACGAAAUCUGUUCUGUAUUCUCCUUACAUUAAGGGAUACUCGGUGGUGAAUUAGAAUAACUCUUGCCUCCAGACAGUGUAUUUCAAAUACUUCUGGGUAUCCCCAGUUCUCCAUUCAAUCUGGUGGCAGCUUACUGGUCCCAAUGCAAGUUUCUAAUCAACUUUAAAUAUUUCCCGUCAUAUUUCAGUGUGCACAGCAUAUAUAGUUAUGGAGACUGGAUGCGAGAAUAUUCCAUAUUUGGCAAAAACAGCAAACAAAGCAACAAAAGUUUAGAAGUAAACGUUAGUUAGUUUGUUAGCGUGCAUUAAUUAAAAAGAAAAAUAAGGGGGUCUUGUAGAAAUUAAAACCAAAUGUAAAGUUG